AUGGCAUCUUCCGUCCCCGCUCCGCGAGCCCUCCCCCCGAACACGAGUCUCGAUGCCUUUUCGCGCUUCAUCACCGCUGCUCGAGCCAUCGUCAGCCCCGCAAACCUCCGAGUAAUAACUCCCGACACUGAACUUGUCGACGGCUCCUACUAUGAGCCUCCGAAGACCCACGAUCCUCACCACGUCCUCGAUCAGGACUACUUUGUCGCGUCAGCUGUUGUCGACCCGCGCUCCGUCCCCGAAGUCCAGGAACUCGUCCGCCUAGCAAAUGAGUACCAGAUCCCGCUGUGGCCGACUAGCAUUGGCCGGAAUUCUGGGUAUGGAGGGGCUGCGCCAAGACUGAGGGGAAGCGUCGUGAUUGACAUGGGCAAGUAUAUGAACCGUGUCCUCGAGGUAAAUGUCGAUGGGGCAUUUGCCGUCGUUGAGCCGGGCGUCACCUUUGCGUCGCUUUAUCAGUAUCUUGUUGAUAAUGGGUUGAGUGACAAGUUGUGGAUUGACGUACCUGACAUCGGAGGCGGCUCCGUGAUGGGAAACACCCUGGAGCGUGGAGUCGGAUAUACUCCUUACGGCGAUCAUUGGAUGAUGCACUGCGGGAUGGAAGUCAUUCUCCCCUCGGGCGAACUCAUGCGCACCGGCAUGGGUGCCCUCCCUCAGAAUCCAAAGACCGGCUCCAAGCACGACCACGAAGACGAGGCGAACAAGUGCUGGCAACUUUUCCCAUACGGGUUCGGUCCAUACAACGACGGUCUGUUUUCGCAGGGUAAUGUUGGUAUCUGCACGAAGAUGGGAAUAUGGUUGAUGCCGAACCCCGGUGGAUACCAGGCGUACAUGAUCACACUGCCUAGAGACGAGGAUCUACAUAAGGCUGUCGAUAUUAUUCGGCCCCUACGUGUUCAAAUGAUCCUUCAAAAUGUCCCUACGCUCCGCCACAUCCUCAUCGAUGCCGCAGUCCUCGGCUCCAAAUCAUCCUACACCUCGAAUAUCAACAAGCCGCUCGAUGAUGCCGAGCUAGAUGCGAUCGCAAAGAAACUAAACCUUGGCCGGUGGAACUUUUACGGCGCACUCUACGGCCCUGAACCAAUCCGCAACAUUCACUGGAAACUCAUAAAGGAAGCCUUUUCCGUAAUUCCUGGUGCCAAGUUUUUCUUCCCAGAGGAUAUCAAGGAGAAUUGCGUGCUGCAUACACGCGCAAAGACCCUCUCGGGUAUACCGACCUUUAAUGAGCUCAAGUGGAUCGACUGGCUCCCCAACGGCGCACACCUGUUCUUCUCUCCGAUUUCCAAGAUCUCGGGUGAUGAUGCGAUGUUGCAGUACGAGGUUACGAAGAAGCGAUGUACCGAGGCUGGACUUGAUUUCAUCGGAACAUUUACAGUCGGGAUGAGGGAGAUGCACCACAUCGUUUGCAUCGUCUUCGACCGCAAAUCCCCGGAAAUGAAGAAACGCGCACACUGGCUGAUCAAGACGCUCAUCGCCGACUGCGCCGAGCACGGCUGGGGCGAGUACCGCACGCACCUGGCGCUGAUGGACCAGAUCGCCGAGACGUACAACUGGAACCACAAUGCGCUGAUGCGGUUCAACGAGACGGUCAAGAAUGCGCUCGAUCCAAAGGGGAUUAUCGCGCCGGGGAAGAAUGGCGUUUGGCCGAAGAGUUAUGAUCGGAGGGUUUAUAAGUUGUGA